AUGACUGGUCGCGCUCGAGCUCGCCAGCGCGAGGAUUUCCGAAUCGCAAUCAUAUGCGCCUUACCUCUCGAAUAUGACGCCGUCACCUUUGCCUUCGACGAGAUCUGGGGAGACGAUGACGGUCGACCGGCUAACGCGCCAGGGGACAGCACCCCGUACACAACCGGCCGUAUGGGGAGCCACAACGUCGUUCUGCUCCUCCUUCCCGGCAUGGGAAAGGUCAAUGCGACAGGCGCAGCGGCCAGGCUUCAGUCAAGCUACAACGGCAUCAAGCUGGCCAUCUUAUGUGGCAUCUGCGGCGGCGUACCGAGCCCUGGGACGAAGGACGAGCUUUUUCUCGGGGACGUGGUCAUCAGCAAGAGCGUUUUGCAGUGCGACCUGGGCCGCAAGUAUCCCGACAAGUUCGUCCUAAAAGACACCAUCGAAGAAAGCCUCGGGAGACCCAGCAGGGAAGUACGCACCCUUAUCGCGUUUUUGGAGACGCGUCUUGGCCGCAGCCGCCUGCAGCACCGAGCCAGCCAAGUUUUGGAGCAGGUACAGCAGAAGGCACACAAAGAGUACCAGGACCUUUACAGACGUCCGGACGCUGCAUAUGACCGCCUCUUCGAGCCAGACUAUCUCCACAGGCACCAAAACUCUAGCCCCUGUGGCUGCAGUGAAGCAGGCGCCUGCAAUGUUGCACUUUCUGCUUCGUGCGAGGCACUUCAGUGCGAUACCUCAAGGCUCGUGUCCAGGAGCCGCCUCGAGGCGCGGCAAAUGCCCGGGGCAGGAGACGCCGUGGCAUCACAAGAGCUCCGGUUUGUAGUCGGCCGCGUGGGUUCGGCCGAUACCGUGAUGAAGGCGGGGUUAGACCGCGACAGAAUCGCCAAGGAGCACGGCCUCGUCGCCUUCGAAAUGGAGGGGGCCGGCGUAUGGGACGAGUUUCCGUGUGUCGUCGUCAAAUCAGUCUGUGACUACGCCGACAGCCACAAAAAUAAGAGAUGGCAGGAUUUUGCUGCAGCUGCGGCGGCUUCGAUGGCAAAAGCACUCCUCUAA